AUUCCAAAGCAGUUGCGGAGCACCGUCAGACCUUGCGAUCCCCAAAGAGAAAUCAGAUCAAAAUCUACCAAGUAAACCAACCGGACUUGACAGGUAAGUCCCAUUAUAUCUUUCAAUGGUUUCGUUCGACCUCCGUUCACUACCGGGACACUGGGACUGCGGUUCGAUAGCUCUGAGAUGCUCCCGCUUUAGCUUAUUGAAACAAUGUUGCCCCCCCCAAGUCCUCUUGUGCCCAUUCCUGCCUCCACAAUAUACACCCUCAGGCAAUGUUUUCCUUCGCGCCUGUUUAAUAUUUGGACGAAGAGUGGCAUGAUUUCUAACCAAAAGUCUAUACCAGCGUCUCCUUGCUAAUCAUGGCUCCCCGCUCUCCAUUGGAAAUCGCCACGGCAUCGGUUCAGCGCCUGGUUAAGGAGGAGGCAUCGUACCACCGCGAGCUGCAGGACCAGACGGCAAGAGUCAAGAAGUUAGAGUCCCAAGAGGGAGGUGACGAUGAGAACAGGGAGUACACGCUGAGACAAGAGCGCCUGGCCGUUGAGGAAACCAAGAAGGUUCUUCCCACAUUGAAGCAGAAGAUUGAGGACGCCAUCGCCAAGCUCGAUAGUCUGCUGAUCGAGGAAGGCAAGAAAGGCCCCGAGAGCAAUGUCGAGCAAAUCACCGCCGCUAAGGAAGCCAUUGCUCAAGCUAGGAAGGCUGAGCGGGAGAUCUCUUGAGGAAAUAUAUUACAAUCUGAUUCGUGUGCUUAUUUCGGCCGUGAGGAAAUGUCUAGUACCAAGAUAGUUUCCUGAGAAAAGCAAAAAAAAAAUUCAAUGUAAUUUGAUAGUCACCUUGAUGUGAACGCCAC